AUGCCAACCCUCGAUACACUCCCUCCCGAAAUCCUCUUCAGCAUCCUCUCCUUCUCUUCGCCCUUUAACCCAACCAUCGCCCCUAGGCACCCUCUCUACACCAUCGCAGCAACCAACCAUUACCUCCGCUCUAUCGUCGAAGAAUACGCCAAAGGCCUCCUCAAACAACAUGCACACUUCACUCCCAAGAAUACAUCGAGCCUAAUUCACCGCCGCCAGUGGUUAAAAUGGUUGUCCACAAUAUGUUGGUUCUGUCGCAAGCCGUCAGUGCGAAAAGCCAUCCUCGAUCCCGCAACAACCUGUUGCAUGAAAUGCGAUAGGAAAUUUCCUAAAAUGACAAUGACCAACGCGAGCACGAAGCAUGGUCUUAGCAAACUCGACCUGUUCACCCCGAACCCACUGCAUCCGAACUUGCCGAGUUUAACCGUGGGCGUGUAUAUGUGUAUGGGUAGCCAUACGGUCAUGCUCUCGGAACCAGACGUUCUUGCGAGAAAGAAAUAUAUCUAUGAUUUACUGGGUACGGCGCAAUCCUCUGAUCCUGCGUACUUGAAGCGGAGAGUGAGUGCGCAUGAACGCAUUAUCAAACACAUGGAUCGGCGUCUGAAUUUAGGGCAGUGGGUUAGGAGAAGGCCCCUUGCGAUUGUGGAAGGGGAGGCGAUAGCGAAGAGUAUGCGGACAGAGGAGUCGAGGGAGAAAUAUGUAGUCGAGGGUUUGGAGAGGGAGUGGGCUGCCAUGGGGAUUAGAGGGGGAAGCGAAGAGAGUGCUAUUGAGCUAGACUAAGGGGGUAGUAAUGGUUGGAUGGAUGAUGAUGGGAUGUAGGUGAUAACACAGGCGUUCUAACCGCUAGAAUCACGGAUGCAGGACACCCUCUAUUUCGAAAUUCCAUAGCUGCGAGGUGGACUCCGGCCUUGUCUAUUAGGUGUUAAAAGGCUUCAUAGUUGAUCACAAGGGAGGUUCCCCGUCCUUUU